GAAGCCGAGAUACAAUUUUAGUGAAGAGCCCUACACACGAGAGGAGACGCGGCGGGAGAGCCAGCAAGUGUUAUCUCCGGCAACUGUGCCUGAUGGGGCUGGUGUCUGGCACCUCCCGGGCUGGAGGGUCGAGGCUGCAGUACCUCCCUCAGCUGGAAGGGGCUGGAAGCUGGUGCUCGCUGAUGCGCAAUUGUGCUUAUUAGAACGAAUAUCGCCUUGCAGCUUCCUCACCAUGAAUUCCAGACAUGGUAAUCUGCGGGAAAGCAGAGUCUUAUGUUCCUUUUAAGAUGUACACAGGUAUGAACGAACUCUUGACGGCGAUAUAGUCGGUGACCGUCAAAAUCUGAGGAUGCGGUUGACGGUCGUCCUAGCCCACCUGUCGGUCCUGACGGGUCUUUGCACCUGCCACCACCAUUUCGAGACGUUUGAUGCCCCGUCCUCCACCAUGGACAACAUCGCCCACCUGGUGAUGUCGCUCCAGCAGGAGAUGGGCGACAUCAGGAAGGAGGUGAGGAACAGGAUGGACACCAUGAAGUACGAGCUCACCUGCGAGAUCCGGAACCUGAAGGAGGCGCUGAUGAAGGAGAGGGAGGCCAUGAGCGGCAAGGUGGACACCGUGUCCCAGGGCAUGGAUGACUUCAAGAAGCGCCUCAAAAGGGGCUUGCGAGGCAUAGGGUCGCAGAACGAAAACAUCGCCAACGAACUGCGCUCGCAGAAGGCCGAGCUGUAUGCCGUCAGGAACAGCGUAUAUGACUCGCGAGAAGAAACUCUGACGAAGGGCAACUUUAUUAUGAAGAAGGUAAACGACACCAACACCACGCUCGUCUCGCACCUGGACGACCUGCGGGUCAAGCUCUACAAGAUCAACCACAACCUGGCGCUGAUCUCCGGGGAGCACCAGCAGCUGAUGGAGGUGGUGCGGCGCAACAACCAGCAGCAGCCCAAGACCUACAACAGCGAAGACUACAGCGACAGGGUGCUCCCCGGCUGCACCUACACGCCCUUGGACACCCAGGAUUUUGCAAACGUCCUCAACCGGACCUACAUGAAUGACUCCUUCAGCGGCAGUUUGGGGGGGCUGGACGAGGAGGAGAAGGCGUGGGAGCCCGGGAGCACCGAGGACCACCAGCUCUUCCCGACGAUGCCCGAGGACUGCAAGGACGACAAAAAGAAGUACCUGGAGUACCCUCCGAUGCCUCGCGACUGCAAGGACGUCUUCGACCUCGGUUUCAUGGAGGACGGGAUUUACCGCAUCCAGCCGCCAAGCCUCUCGUCCAGAGAAGUGUACUGCGACCACCAUACCGCAGGCGGCGGCUGGACAGUCAUGGUGGCGCGCCGCAAAUUGCCCAGACACAUCUCCUUCAACCGCACUUGGCAUGAAUACGAAGUAGGCUUUGGCGAUCCCAGCAAAGAGUACUGGAUCGGUCUGAAGGCCCUCCACGCCCUCACGCGGGGCCGCCCACACCAACUGCGGGCGGACAUGGAGGACUGGGAAGGAAACACAGCCUGGGCCGCCUACUCCUUUUUCUCGGUUAGCGGAGAGGAAGACAAGUACAGGCUGAGGAUAUCCGGUUACUCAGGCACAGCAGGAGAUAGCUUACGGCACUCGCACCUUCAGAUGUUCUCCACCAUUGACAGCGACAACGAUCAGGAGAAUUGGGGGAGCUGCGCCCGCGGACGAGGGGGUGGCGGAUGGUGGUGGGGGCGCUGCGCCUGCACUCAGCCCACAGGUCAGUACCGCAGAGGAAGGUAUCAAGGACCUGAGCGCGGCGUCACCUGGUGGCACUGGAAGGACUCCAACUAUUCCCUAAAAACCCUCAUCCUUAAAAUAAGGCCUUUGGAGUAAUCGGAAUAAUGUCUAAAAUAGCUGUUCCUUCUUAAAUGGAGUUAGGAGAUGGAAAGGUCAUCACAGUGCUGUAGUAAGCUUAAAAGAAAUAUCUAUCUAUCUAUCUAUAUAUAUAUGUAUACAUAUGUAUAUAUGUAUACAUAUAUGUAUAUAUAUACAUAUAUAAGAUCUACGUCACUUAAGGGUCAAAUGUAGAUCUCUUUGUGAACACAAGGGCUUCCAUGCGUCCCAGUGAUGAAUGUCAUAAGUUGGGUUUGUUCCAAGAGUAGUGAAACACUAUUUCUAAACUAUUCAAGUACGAACGCUGUAAUUAAGAUAAAUUUAAGAAAUGUGCUGUUAAAUGGUAUAUAUUCUGUCACUAGGACAGAAAGAAAAAUUCAGUAAGUUUAAAGAAUAGGGUAACAAUCAAUUCAUCCCCUGACAGUAUUAUCGGUUACAAAAUAUACAGUAUUGUAAAAAUUACAAAAAUACCUCGAACCAGGAUAAGGUUCUCUAGUGUGUUCAUUAUGUGUUACAUAGUUUUAAGUCCUUCGCGGAAAACACAUAUUGUAAGUAAAAAUGAAAUAUUUAUAAUGCAAUUCACGCUUAUCUAGGAGACACCAAGAAGGCUGCAGCGACUUGUAGUUGUGUUUCUCCUUUAUUAAUCUUGACAUCAAAUCAGAAACAUCUUGAGAGCAAUACGUCUCGUUCAUGAGAUUCACAAACACAAGAAAAAUGCAAUAUCGGAUGCAGUGAUGCCAAACAACAGGUUUUAUGCAAUGCGUGUACACAAAU